AUGACGAAGCAACGAUGGAAGUCGUUUAGCAACCACAUCGAUGCGGAGAAAGACGAGCAAAUGAUAUGGAUGAAAAUAGAAAUCGAGGAGAAAGUGAAGACGAUCUUGAAGUUGACAAAGAGCAUAAACCAUGGUAAUAAAGAAAGGAACUUGAGGAAAAAAUCGGAAGUGAUUCAUCUUAUCGAAGAUUUCGAGAAGCAAUACGAAGCGCUUUACUCUAUGUACGAAGAUUUGAGACGAGAGGUGAAGAAUAGUGUUGGUGGUGGAGAUGAUUACGAUGAUGAUGACGAUGCCGACGAUGCCGAUGAUGAAUAUGCUUCUUCGAAUGAUGCGGAGACGUUUUAUACUGCGGAGGAGUUGAGUGCACGGAGAACCGAGACGAGCGGUGGAGCUUCGGAUAUGGAAGAUACUAUUUUGAAAGAUAAGUUGACUUCUUCGAGUGAAGUUAAGACGGUGGUUGUGAAUCUUGAUAAGGAAUACGGGGAAGAUGAUUCGGAAAAUACGAGCAAGAAUUCGGCACGAGUGAAGGGUUUGGAGGGUGAGGUUGCUAGUUUGAAGGUCGAGAUUUCGAUUCUUUGCGAAUUGGAGGAGCAAAUGAAGAAGAAAGUUUCGAGAAUGGAGGAAGAAAUGAGAGAAAACGAGGGUCGGUUUUAUUCGCUCAAGAAACAAUCCGAGGUGAAUGAGGAGCAACAUUUAUCGAGAAUUUCGGAUAUGCAGAUUGAAUUAAAUACUUUGAAGUUUGAGAGAGACGAACUAGAAGAGCGAUUUUCGUCUCGAGUCGAGUCACUAACGAAAGAAUUGGUGAAUGUGAAUAGCCGAAAGGCUGAAUUGGAACUCGAGCUCGAAUCGAAAUUAGAAUGUGUGGUUCGUACGGAGACUCUGAGUUCGAAUUUGGAGAGGAUGUCGGAGGAGAACGAACGCUUAAAAAAUAAGAUACACGAUUUAGAAUUAGAAAUACAAUCCGUAAACGUAGAGAAAGAGAAGUUGCAUGGCGAACUCUCUCAACUGCAUGAAUCCCUUUCCGCCACAAAAAACGAGCUAUCGAACGAACGUAACAAAUUCAGUGCUUAUCAAAACAACGUGUCCGUGAAGAUCGAAUCGUCGGAAGAAGAAAUCAAAAAUCUCAAUAGCAAAGUCGAAAGUUUACAGUUCGUAAACGUAGAGAAACAGAAGCUGCACGAUGAAAUCUCCGAACUGCAGAAGUCACUUUCUGUAACGGAAAACGAACUAACGAACGAACGUAACAAAUUCAGUGCUUACGAAAACACCAUGUCCGCGAAAAUCAAAUCCUCGGAAGAAGAGAUAAAAAAUCUCAAAAGCAAAGUCGAACGUUUACAAUCCGUAAACGCAGAGAAACAGAAGCUGCAUGGCGAAAUCUCUCAACUGAAGAAAUCCCUUUCCAUCGCGAAAAACAAUCUAUUGAACGAACAAAUUAAAUUCAGCACUUAUCAAAGCAACACGUCCACGAAGAUCGAAUCCUCGGAAGAAGAGAUCAAAAAUCUCAACAUCAAAUUGGAAGAUUUACUCAACGACAAAAGACAACUACAAACGGAGCUCGAAAAGGAGAAAGAGGAGUCCUCCGUAAGCAAAUCCCAAGUGGAGAAAAUCACGAGAACGAAUUUCCAGAUCAUCGAAAGAAAAGCCGAGGAAAUGGCGGAAGAGUUCAAGAAACAGCUAGAGGACAAAUACCGAAUCCUCAGCCGGAGAAUUAGGGUUGCCGAGCAACUACAAGUCGAGAACCAAGAAUGGUACCGAAAGACGAGAGAAACCUACGAUCAAAUAAGCAACGACCUCAAAGAACGAGCCGAGAAGUCGGAAAUCGAAUUAAAGAACAUCAAAGACAUGGCGUUAACCGCUAACGACGCGCUAAUCGCACUGGACUCGGUGGCGUCGAGAUUCGAGGAAUGCGCGGCCAAUCUUCCGAACAGGAUUUCGAAGGCGGCGUGCGAGUUGAGGUUUGCGAAGGAUUGGGCGGCGGGGAAGAAUAGAGCGGCGGCGGUUGCGAGAGGCGAUUUCGAGUGCUUGUUGAGACAGCUAGACGACAAAGAAGGGGAGAUAGUGGUGUUUAGAGAGAAGGUGUGGGAAUCGGAGAAUAGGGUUAGGGAGUUGGAGAAGAUGAUUAAGGAGAGAGAAGAUGGGGUUUUGGUUAUGGAAGAGGAGAAGAGGGAGGCGAUUAGGCAGCUCUGUGUUUGGAUUGAUUAUCAUCGGAGCCGGUCCGAUUAUUACAAGAAGAUUCUUUCCGAUCAGAUGAAUCUUAGAAGGAGACCUUCUUGA